AUGACCACACGGAUAUUCAACAUCGUGGUGGUGGGGGACGGUGCGGUUGGGAAAACUUGCCUUUUGCACGCGUACACCGACAAGUCGUUUAAAAACUUCUACGAACCAACGAUAUAUGAUAAGGAAUCGAUUGAAAUGAUACUCGAUGGGCAGAAGUAUACCAUUCAGCUGCACGAUACGGCCGGCCAGGAAGAGUAUGACAAAAUACGGCAGCAGUUUUACAAAAGGGCGGACUGCUUUUUGCUCUGCUACAGCGUCGACAACAAAGUAUCCCUCGAGAAUGCCGUAACGAAAUGGAUUCCAGAAAUCAAGACUGACCCACCGAUACCGAUCGUUCUUGUCGGCACUAAACUGGACACGCGCCGUGGAAAGAGCGACGAGGUCACGACGGCCGACGGUGAGCGGCUGAAGCGCUCCGUAAACGCUAACUCGUUCGUCGAGUGCUCGGCAAAGGCGAACAUUAACGUGGAGCUGGCCGUCGAGGAAGGUGUGCGGGCGUGUCUGAUGGGUGUACCCGAGCCGGAACCCGAUGACCCUUGGGCGUGCUGCAGCUCCUGUUUGCCGUCCUAG